CAUCUGGAUUUUCUCUUUUAUCACAGGAUGUACAACUUUAUGAAAACUCUGACCUUGCCUUUUUAGAGAAUCUCGUUUAUGUGUCGUGGGACUUGUAGCUCUCGGCAGUCCACUAGGUGUGUUUGCUUAUCCUUUCUGUUUUGAGCGUCUUCUUGGAUAAUUAUAGCGGCCCAUAGGCUCACCUGUAGUUCCAUAGGCAUUGCCAAUUUUCCAGGAAAAAAUCCCAAAGUGCACAUGUUCUUAAAAAAAGUUCCCAAAAUACAUAAGUUAUAAAAAAAUUUCCCAAAAUACACAUGUUUGGCAUUCACCGUUUUUGACAAACGCAGUGAAUAUAUUCACCGUGUUUGACAAAAGCGGUGAAUAAUUCACCGUUUAAAAAAAACGGUGACGUAUUCGCCGUUUUCAUCUAAAACGGUGAAGUACCAGCGAGGCAAUCACCGUCUUAGACUGAAACGGUGAAUCAAUCACCGUUUUAAUCAAAAGGGGUGAUAAUUAAACCGCUCUGAUUGGCCACGAUGAAGCGAAGCGGAUCGCCGACGUGGACAAACGCGGUGUAUUCACCGCGUGAGACAAACACGGUGAAUACCUCGUGUUUGUUUGCGUCAGCGAUCCGCGUCGCUGCCGCGUUCACCGUCGCCGUUGAAUGCGGUGAGGCGCAGAUCGUGGUUUUCUUCCCAGAUCCGACGCCUCACGCUAAGCCACGUCACUCGAUCCGCGCGUCAUUCACCGUCUUCGUUUAACGUGGUGACUUCACCGUUGUAAACUAACGCGGUGAAUGCCCCACUUUUUCCUUCCGCAGAUCCCUUCCCCCACCUAUAAAUAGACCCUUCCCCCACCACUUACAACUCACACCACAACCAUUUCACUUCUUUCUCCCUCAAUUUAUCCGCUCUAGUCUCGUUCUAAGUAUGCUCCGUGGUUGCGGAUAAAUCCGAUCUUCCACAUCAGAAAGAAUUACUAACGUAACAUAAAUUCAACUAACUAACAACAACAUAAAUUCAAAGAUUAAGU